AUGCCAAAUGUGCCAUCCAAAUAUAACAAAUAUGCCAUUACCAUCACCAUCUCCAUCAUCUCCAUCAUCCCCAUCAUCCCCAUCAUCCCCAUCAUCCCCAUCAUCCCCAUCAUCAUCCAUCAUCUCCAUCAUCCCCAUCAUCCCCAUCAUCCCCAUUCCCUCAUCCCCCAUCAUCCCCAUCAUCCCCAUCAUCCCCCCAUCAUCCCCAUCAUCCCCAUCAUCCAUCAUCUCCAUCAUCUCCAUCAUCCCCAUCAUCCCAUCAUCCCCCAUCAUCCAUCAUCCCAUCAUCCCAUCACCCCCAUCCCCAUCAUCCAUCCCCCAUCAUCAUCAUCUCCAUCAUCCCCAUCAUCCCAUCAUCCCCAUCAUCCAUCCAUCAUCCCCAUCAUCCCAUCCCCAUCAUCCCCAUCAUCAUCAUCAUCAUCCCCAUCAUCUCCCCCAUCAUCCCCAUCAUCCAUCAUCCCAUCAUCAUCAUCCAUCAUCCUCCAUCAUCCCCAUCAUCCCCAUCCCCCCAUCAUCCCCAUCAUCCCCAUCCCCCCAUCAUCAUCCCCAUCAUCCCCAUCUCCAUCCCCAUCAUCCCCAUCAUCCCCAUCAUCCCCAUCAUCCCCAUCAUCCCCAUCAUCCCCCAUCAUCUCCAUCAUCCCAUCAUCAUCAUCCCCAUCAUCAUCAUCCCCAUCAUCUCCAUCAUCCCCAUCCCCAUCAUCAUCCCAUCAUCCCAUCAUCCCCAUCAUCAUCCCCAUCAUCCCCAUCAUCAUCCCAUCAUCAUCAUCCCCAUCAUCCCCAUCACCCCCCAUCACACCCAUCAUCCCCAUCAUCCCCCAUCCCCCAUCACCCCCAUCAUCCCAUCACCCCCAUCAUCCCCAUCAUCCCCAUCAUCCCCAUCAUCCAUCAUCCUCCAUCAUCCCCAUUACAUCCCAUCAUCCCCAUCACCCCAUUCAUCCAUCCCCAUCAUCCCCAUCAUCUCCAUCAUCCCAUCCAUCAUCUCCCCAUCAUCCCAUCAUCCCCAUCAUCCCCAUCAUCAUCAUCCAUCAUCAUCCCAUCAUCCCCAUCAUCCCCAUCACCCCCAUCAUCUCCCAUCAUCCCCAUCAUCACCCAUCAUCCCCAUCAUCCCAUCAUCCCCAUCAUCAUUUCCAUCAUCUCCAUCACCCCCUUCAUCCCCAUCACCCUCUUCAUCCCCAUCACCCCUAUCAUCCCUUAUCAGUUUUUUUUCGGGUUAUUAAUACUUAA